GGGCGUGCCCCCCACGAGGGCGCCGCGGCGGAGCGGUGGGAGCGGCGGAGCGGGCAGGGGUGAGGCAGCGAGCGGCUCCGGGGAGCCCAGCCUGGCUCCAUGUAUCCCGAAUCCACCACUGACUCCCCGGCGCGACUCUCGCUGCGGCAGACGGGCUCCCCAGGGAUGAUUUACAGUGCGAGGUACGGGAGCCCCAAGCGCCAGCUCCAGUUCUACAGGAACCUCGGGAAGUCCGGACUGCGCGUGUCCUGCCUGGGCCUGGGAACAUGGGUGACAUUUGGAGGGCAGAUCACAGAUGAGAUGGCAGAGCAGCUGAUGACUUUAGCCUAUGACAACGGCAUUAACCUCUUUGACACAGCAGAAGUCUACGCCGCCGGCAAGGCCGAGGUGGUGCUGGGGAACAUCAUCAAGAAGAAAGGAUGGAGACGGUCCAGCCUGGUCAUCACCACCAAGAUCUUCUGGGGAGGAAAGGCUGAGACGGAGAGGGGCCUGUCCCGAAAGCACAUCAUAGAAGGACUGAAGGCAUCCCUGGAGCGCCUGCAGCUGGAGUACGUGGACGUGGUGUUUGCCAACCGGCCCGACCCCAACACGCCGAUGGAAGAGACGGUGCGAGCCAUGACCCACGUCAUCAACCAGGGGAUGGCCAUGUACUGGGGGACCUCGCGCUGGAGCUCCAUGGAGAUCAUGGAAGCAUACUCGGUGGCCCGGCAGUUCAACCUCAUCCCCCCCAUCUGCGAGCAGGCCGAGUACCACAUGUUCCAGCGGGAGAAGGUGGAGGUGCAGCUCCCGGAGCUCUUCCAUAAGAUAGGUGUCGGAGCCAUGACCUGGUCCCCGCUGGCCUGUGGCAUCGUGUCAGGGAAGUACGAUGGGGGCAUCCCCCCCUAUUCCCGCGCAUCACUGAAGGGGUACCAGUGGCUGAAGGACAAGAUCCUGAGCGAGGAGGGCCGGCGGCAGCAGGCGAAGCUGAAGGAGCUGCAGGCGAUCGCCGAGCGCCUGGGCUGCACCCUGCCACAGCUCGCCAUCGCCUGGUGCCUGCGCAACGAGGGAGUCAGCUCCGUCUUGCUGGGAGCCUCCAAUGCUGACCAGCUGAUGGAGAACAUCGGAGCAAUACAGGUCCUUCCGAAGCUGUCGUCUUCCAUUGUCCACGAGAUCGAUAGCAUCCUGGGCAACAAACCCUACAGCAAGAAGGACUACCGCUCCUAAGCACCGCGCAGCCCCAGCCGCCCCAUCGCUUGCUUACGCAUUGUGGGAGCACCGUGGAGAGCGUGGUUCAGACCAUGAGCCCCCCGCGCUGCCCCAGCCCAUGGCACCGCCGUGCCCGGCGCGGGGGGACAGGCGCCGGUGCUGCCGCGGAACCGGUUGCAUGCGGCGCUGCCAUCGGUGGCCGCGGCGGUGCGAGCGGGUGCUGUACGCCCGGAUGAGGCUGACAACACAGAGCUGUUCCCCA